CUCGACUUUAUCGUCGACAGUCGAAGUUAACAGUCAGGGACUGAAUUUCAUCAAAUCCGCCUUCAAAGUAAUCAAAGUUGUGUGUUUUGAAAUCCACUUUGUAGAGCGGAAAUGGAGUCGAGUUUACAUCCGACCUUAUCACGAACAACAAAUUUGUGCUACUUCCCGGCCCGAGUAAGAAACCCUAAACUUCUAACCUCUUCAUCAUCUUGUUAUUCUCCCAGAGGAUCGUUUCACACUCCUGCCAAAUCUACUCCAAGACUUCGAUUUAUAGCUCGCAGGAAGGAAUCAGUGGCUGUCUUACAGCAACAAAGACCUCUGAUGGAGUAUAUGAGAUUGCCUGCUAGUCAGUAUUCGGUUUUGGAUGGGAAGAGGAUUGAGAGGGUGGAUGAUAAUACAUUCAGAUGUUAUUUGUAUGGUAUUAAAUUCUUCGCUUUUGAGGUGAGCCCUGUUUUGUUGGUGAGAGUUGAGGAGAAGCCUGACGGAUGUUCUAUUAACCUCCUUUCUUGCAAGCUUCAGGGAUCACCUAUUAUUGUUGCCCAAAAUGAUAAGUUUGAAGCUUCUAUGGUGAAUAGAAUAUCCUGUGAUAACAAACUAGUAGACUCAGCUGUGCAGCAACUCACUUCAGAUGCAUUCAUCGAGGUUGUUGUUGAAAUCCCUUCUGCAUUUCGAGCACUUCCGGUCCAAGCAAUGGAAUCAACUGGUUCUCAGGUCCUUGACGGGGUACUAGGGGUCACGCUUCCCCGGUUUAUGGCUCAGCUAGUGAAGGACUAUCAAGCUUGGGCUUCUGGAGACAAUUCAAGGCAGCCUUUAGGAAAUGGUCAAAUUUGAAUCUACGGCGCAUGAACUCUUCUUUGAAAGUAGCACCUUUUGUAUUUCGAGAACAUUUCACAAAAUGGUUUCAUAUUAAAAAAAAUAAGAAAUGGCGUGUUUUUAUGCUGCAGCCAUUGAUUCAUCUGUGUAGUGAGACCAACUCUUCGGGCCACCAGGCCAACUUAGUUUCAUUUUUCAGUACAUAGUAAUUAAGGAUUGGGAUUUUGCAAGGGGAAAACUCAAACUGUGGCCUAGUUUCAUACUAUACCAAAUGCGGAGUAGUCAAUUAAGCUCUGGAACCUAAUAAUGCCAGAUGCCUAGUUGAAACCAUGAACUUAAUACGGAG